UUUUUGGAUUCAUAUUACUUUUUUCUUGACAACAAAAAAUUUUAAAAAAUAAAAACAACUUUAAUUUCAUCAUUUUGACUUUAAAAAUGGAAAAAAUAAAUAAUUCCUCCAAUUCUUUAAUUCCCCCCAACAACAACAAUACCCUCCUCAUUCCAACAAAUUCCUCCUCACAAUUUGUUUUAAAUGAAGAUCAGUUAGACCAAUUAUCUAACCAAUUAAAGUUGUUAAGUAUUAAUGAUGUGGAUAUCAACAAAGUUUUGAAAAAAUUAAAAACCCUCAAAAAGGAGCAACUUUCACUGGCAAAUCAAGCCUUUAUUGAAAAUAAUGGGGUGCUAGAAUUUGUUCUUUCACAAAUUAUAAAUUGUUGCCUUGGAUUUGCUUUCCCAAUUAGAAGGAAUAAUAGAUCAAAUUUGAUCGUUACAUUGAAAUCUAAUAAAACUAAAGUAAUGGAUUCCAACUUUCUUAAAAACGCAUACUUAAAUAAUCAAAAAAUAAUGCAACAACAAAUAACAAGUAAUCAACAAAUAAAUGACCAAAAUCGCCAAAUUCUAAAUAACAUUAUUGGUGGAAAUGAAGGAAACGUUUUUGGGGGUGGCGGUAAUGCUUUUGUUGGACAAGCAGGGCCCAAUUUUUUUGGUGCAAACCAAGGGAAUGCUUUUGAUGAACAAGCAGGGCCCAAUUUUUUUGGUGCAAAUCAAGGAAACGUUUUUGGAGGAGUUGGUGUGAAUGAUCUUGGUGGACAAGCGGGGCCCAAUCUUGUUGGUGCAAACGGAGGAAACGGUUAUGUUGGAGAAGGAGGAGGCAAUGUUUUUGGUGGACAAGAAGGGAAUGUUUUUGUUGGACAAGAAGGGCCCAAUAUUUUUGCUGCAAAUGAAGGAAACGUUUUUGGAGUUGGAGGUAAUGCUUUUGGUGGACAAGGAGGAGGAGGAGCCAAUCUUUUUGGUGGAAAUCAAGGAAACGUUUUUGUUGGAGUUCGUGGGAAUAAUUUUAGUGGUGGAGGAAAAGACAUUUUUGGUGGUCAAGGAGGGAAUAAUGGAAUUGAGAAUCAAGAGAAUAAUGGAGGAACUUUGGGUGAUGGUUAUUUGGAUGAUGGUUACUUUCAGGGGUGAGCGCAAGAG